CAGUUCCUUCCAUACCUCGUUCGAUGCUCACCUCCACUCAGACCACCUGGCUCGUUGUAGCUGUUGCCUUCAGUCUCACGUUCAAUGUGCUGAGUUACCGCCAACUGAAUCUGCCGUUCGCAUCAGAACUUGGAGCGCAGCCACUUCUGAACGAGCUGCCGCUCCUCGUCAGACCCGCCGCCCUUCAGUUCAGCCUCAUUGCUGACGAAUACCGCAUCGCGGACGACGCCGCUUGGGCCACUCUCGUCCCAUCAGACGACCGAAUCCGGUCGCCAUCAGCCGCCGCUCCCGAUCAGAAAUACUUCACCGUUGGGCUGUACUCCGAUCUGCACUGCCUGAACCUCCUGCGCUCCGCGUAUCUAGCGCACAAAGACAAGCACGAGUCCGGGAUGCGCGUUCCCGAGGACGCAUUGGCUCCGCAGUGCGUCAGCCAGCUGCGCCAGGCGCUCACGUGGGCGGCCGACCUGACGCUCGAUCCCACCACUUCGAUAUGCGAGCCGGAUGGCACGUGUGAUCCGGCCGCGGCGGGGCAUUUGGUCGUGCAUAAGUGUCGGGAUUGGGUACAAGUGAGGGGGUUUGUGGAGAUGAAUCAGGCUCGUGCUGAAGGUAGAUAGAACUUUGACGGGCC